AUGAAGCAAUACAAGAAACAUAUUGUUAGCAUAAUCCAUGAGUAUUUUUUUUCGGAUGACAUUCCGGAGCUAAUCCGGAGUCUUGAAGAUUUGGGGCAACCUGAGUUCAACCCCAUUUUUCUGAAGAAGCUAAUCACCCUUGCCAUGGACAGGAAAAACAAGGAAAAGGAAAUGGCAUCUGUUUUGCUUUCUGCACUUCAUAUUGAGAUUUUUUCAACUGAAGACAUAGUAAAUGGAUUUGUGUUGCUACUGGAAUCUGCAGAAGAUACAGCUCUUGACAUUUUAGAUGCUUCCAAUGAACUCGCUCUUUUCCUUGCUAGGACCGUAAUAGAUGAUGUCCUUGCUCCACUGAAUUUGGAAGAGAUAUCGAACAGGCUGCCACCAAAUUGCAGCAGUGGAUUGGAGACCGUCUGUACGGCUCAAUCACUUCUGUCUGCUCGGCAUGCUGGAGAAAGGAUCCUAAGGUGUUGGGGUGGUGGGACUGGAUGGGCUGUGGAGGAUGCUAAGGAUAAGAUACAAAAGCUCCUUGAGGAAUUUGAAAGUAGUGGUGUUCUCAGCGAAGCUUGCCAGUGCAUACGAGAUCUUGGAAUGCCAUUCUUCAACCAUGAGGUAGUGAAGAAAGCUUUGGUUAUGGCAAUGGAGAAGAAGAAUGAUAGGAUGCUGGAUUUGCUGCAAGAGUGCUUUAACGAGGGGCUUAUCACCAUCAACCAGAUAACUAAAGGCUUUGGGAGGAUCAAGGAUGGACUUGAUGAUCUGGCUCUUGACAUUCCGAAUGCAAAGGAUAAAUUCACGUUUUAUGUGGAGCAUGCCAAGGAAAGAAGCUGGCUGUUACCGUCCUUUGGGUUAUCUGAUGAUGCAUCUUAA